AUGAAGAGUGGAAAAUCUGGCGAAGACGAUGGAAUUAGCGGAGAAGUGCUGAAAUCUCUUCCUCCUUCUGCGAUUCGACGAUGCGACGAACACCAAAGGAGGGUGCUUGCCUACAAUGGAGAUACACUCAUAAUUCCUCUCCGCAAGAAAAUGUCCGUGACGGAACCCAGGAACUACCGGGCAAUAUCACUGCUGCAUGUAACGUACAAGGUUUUGGAGCGGAUCAUCCUGGAUCGGUUAAUCAAACAUCGCGAAUAA